AUGUCUAAGGAAACCUCACACUCCAUCCCACAUUGGGUUUAUCCUCCAGAUCCCCAAAAUCCUCGACAAAACUCCACAGACGCUGUCGUCCACCAUCUCUACUUCGAGGACAACGAUAGCUUCUUCCCUCCUACCUGGCUUGGAAAAGACACCUCCCAGCGACGUUCCUCUGAGGAUAGCUCAGCAAGCCAUCAAUCCAACGAGCAUGAAAUCAUGGGAGCAGAGGAUCCUGGGGGAAAAUGA